AUGGGGUAUUAUAGGCCAACAAUGGUGAAAGAUUGUUUGGACUAUGCGCGAAGAUGUGCAUGCCAAUUUCAUGCAAAUUUUAUACACCAACCUCCUGAAGUUGUACAUCCAACUGUUGCAUCUUGGCCAUUUGAAGCUUGGGGGCUAGACAUGGUUGGACCGCUACUGAAAUCUUCUGGUGUCCACUUGUACAUCUUAGCUGCAAUGGAUUACUUCUUAAUAUGGGCUAAAGCUGUCGCCUUCAAAGAACUAAAAAAGGAGAAUGUGGCAAACUUCAUUCAAGUAAACAUCAUCUAUCAUUUUGGCAUUUCUAGUUAUAUCAUAACAGAUAAUAGCAAGCCGCUCUCCACCAAAUUGAUGACUAAGAUUUGCAAGCUUUUUGGCUUCAAGAAACGUAAUUCGUCUAUGUAUUAUGCUGCUGCAAAUGGACUAGCUGAAGCAUUUAACAAGACCUUGUGUAACUUGUUAAAGAAGGUCGUUUCCAAGUCUAAAAGAGAAUGGCACGAUAGAAUGGAAGAAGCUCUUUGGGCAUACUGGACAACUCAUCGCAGGGCUUCUAUCCACAUGUGGGAAUGUUAUUGUUCCUCUCACGCCACAUUCAUCCAUGAAAAUAUAAAGUUUCACAAACCUAGGGUUUUUAUUCUAGUUCAUGAUGACCAUAAGUUACAAGUAUCAUUCUAA